CUUCGCCCUAGCCAGCUCGGCUCUGGAAUGACAGGCAUUCCUGUGUGAAGGGAGCUGGCACGGACACUUAUUUAUGAGAAUCAAGUGCCCAGCCAUGGGGCACAGGGCGAGCAGGACCUGUGCUGGACCAUCGGACACUGUGGCCUGAGAGCUGGGAGUCGCCUCCUUGCCAGCCUCUUUCCUCAUCCAGAGUGUGGAUUUACCAUUUAAAGGGUGAAGUGUUCUCAGCGUAGACUUUUCCUCUGUUCUCCUCCCACCUCUUCCCGGAGAGUGCUCUGAACAGAAUCCCAUGGGGCAGCCGCACUUCUCGAGACCGGUAAAUCCAGGUGCUUUUGCUGAAGACGUGGAUCACGCCCCAAGUGAUGCCAGCAUGGGGGUAGAUGUUUUGGAAUCAGGUGACACCACACCUCCUACAAAGAGGAAAAGCAAGUUCUCAAGCUUUGGCAAGAUUUUCAAACCCUGGAAGUGGAGGAAAAAGAAAAGCAGUGACAAAUUCAAGGAGACUUCAGAAGUUUUAGAACGAAAGAUUUCUAUGCGAAAGCCAAGAGAGGAGCUGGUAAAAAGAGGGGUUCUGUUGGAAGAGCCUGAGCAGGAUGGUGAAGAGCCAGAGAAGCUGAACCCACCUGCACUGAAGAAUGGCCACACUGUCCCCAUUGGGGGCCCUGGGGUCUGUAACCUGCCCAGCCAGGAGGAAGAGGCCACAAAGCCACCCAGCCUUAGGAAGCCUGUUCCAGUGGAGGAACCAAAGAAGAGGCAGGGCUCCUCCAGCAGCCACCCUGGGCCUGAACUGGAACCACCUCAGGAGCCACAUGUUCCCAGACAACCUCUUCUUCCUCCAAAAAGACCUCCCUCUACUUCCCAGGAGGCAAACGAAGUACAGGCAAAGGAUCCAACACCUGCCAGCAGCACUGCAAGAACUGCCCCCUUCAGCACAGCCCCCACAGCAGCAAAGACAGUCAGUUCCACAGCUGCCCCUUCCCCAGCCCCCAGGACUCUGCUCCCUGCUCCUGCAAGUGCCAAUGCUAUUGCUCCCACCAGUACAACCAGCACAGCUCCUGCCAAACAGCCUCCUGUCCCUCCUCCCAAACCCGUCAACAGAAACAGCAACUCACUAAUAGCUGAACUUUCCCAAGUAAUGACCAGUGGUACAGCCUUGUCCAAGCCUUCCCCUCCUCUCCCUCCAAAGAGAGGCCUUCUGCCUAACAACACGUCAGAGGCUGUCACCUCUAAGCCCCCAAACGACAGGACAGUGACAGCAAGUCGCCCUGCACCAAUUCCAGUGCACAUGACCUCAGCUUAUCCACCACCUUCGCCCUCGCCGCCGCUGCCCACCCACAUACCCCCUGAACCUCCACGCGUGGCCCUGCCCACCUCCACCCCUGUCCCAGACCCACCGUGCUCCCUGGACUUGCCCAAGGAGACUCCUCUGCCUCCUCCUCUUCCUGAAGAGUUCAGGUCCAUGGAAGUGUUGAAGAGGACAGCAGAACAAGGCUUUGGUGAACCCCAUGUGCUGCCUCGCUUGCCUCAAAUCCCACUGCACAUUCGUAUCCAGCAGGCUCUGGCCAGCCCUCUGCCUGUCACCCCACCUCCCGAGGGGUCCCACAGGGCUCACUCGUUGCUCUUUGAGAACGAUGGUUUUGGAGAAGACAAUGGCACUCUGGGGAGGACAAGAUCCCUGCCUGUCACCAUUGAGAUGCUCAAAGUUCCAGACGAUGAGGAAGAGGAAGAUGAUGACCAGGAAGAAGAACAGAAUUCAGGUCCUCGCGUGUAUAUUGGAGAUGUGCCAUCUGUCACAGUCAUCCCCAAACUGGUACCCCAGGUCCUCCCGGAGGAGCAGGAAGGAGAUGAAGGGAUGAGCGACUCUGACUCCGAGGGGCCCAUCCUGUAUAAAGAUGAUGAGGAUGAGGAAGAAGAUGAAAGCCAUAACAGCACACUGGCCAAUAAAGUGAAGAGGAAAGAUACGCUCGCUAUAAAGCUGGGGAACACAACUGCGCCACAGGAGGAGAAGAGCAUCUUCCCUCGGAAGAGCAAGGAGGAGUGGAAUGAAAUCCGUCACCAGAUUGGGACAACGCUGAUCAGGCGACUGAGUCAGAGACCAACUGCAGAAGAACUGGAACAGAGGAACAUUCUUCAGCCGAAAAAUGAAGCUGACCGUCAAGCUGAGAAGCGCGAGAUCAAGCGCCGGCUCACCAGAAAGCUUAGCCAAAGGCCUACAGUGGCAGAGCUACAGGCCAGGAAGAUCCUGAGGUUUAAUGAGUAUGUGGAAGUAACAGAUGCUCAAGACUAUGACCGGCGAGCAGAUAAGCCAUGGACAAAGCUGACACCAGCUGACAAGGCAGCCAUCAGGAAGGAGCUGAAUGAGUUUAAGAGCUGUGAAAUGGAAGUGCACGAGGAGAGCAAGCAGUUCACGAGAUACCAUCGACCAUAAUAUUCCAAGGAGGGAGCAAGAAACCCGUGAGGGCUGGAAGUUCUCUGCAUCCCUCUCCCAGGCAAUACAGUGAGGGUGGAACCUCAGCUCUUCCAAGACUUGCCUUCCAAACAUAUCCAGAAAAGGGCUUUCGGCCAGGGAAGGGGAAUCCUGUCUGAAUGUAGCAUUUCACUGGAACAAACACAUCUCUCAUGCCAGCAGGCUGGAACUGACACUAUACCUCGUGUGGCUCAGCAAUACGACUCUGCCAGGAGACCGUGCCCAGGGGAGCGACCCAUUCCUCCCCAGGUUGUACAGACUUGUCCUGGGGUGUGCAAUUCCUCAUUUCCUUCUCCUUUCGUGAGGAAGGGAGAUUAAAAACAAAGGCAGCUCUAAUGUUGGGAAGCUGAGGAGAGCAUGUGCUCAGAAGCGUAUGUGUGAAUAUUAGCUGUGUACAGAGAACCCUGGCAGACAACUGACAUGGCACUCGCUAAUUUUUGGGGGUUUUGCGUUUUUGUCAUGUCCUGAAUGCCCUGAAUCACUACUGACCAAUGGUUUGUUGUCCUGGAAGGGAAUUGUGUAGAUAUUAACAUAUGCGGCAUCUUUUUGUUAAAAAAAAAAGAAAAAAAAAGGAAAAAAAAAACCCCAACACAAACAUAUGUUUAAAUGCUCUGCACUCUCUCACACUUGCUGUGAUCUUAAUAACAGAUCUUGAGAUAUUUAGGCUUGUUUAACAAAUUACAGAACCAGGAAAAAUGACUGUUGCCUUUUAAAAACGUUUUAAUUUGGGGAAACUGUGAGAGUAGUCGGUCCUUUUAUUGUGGCUUUCUCUCAAACGUUUUUUACUCUCCCAAAUCAGGGUUGAAGCUUGCCUUUUUCUCAUUUUUACAGCUACACCUACUGGAAACGUGAUCGUUUCACUGUGUGAGUCAAAAGGAGGGGAAGAAUAGGUUUAAAAAGUGACCUUAAAAAGAUGGUAUUUCUCUUCUGAGAGAAAAAAUCUUCCUCAAUGCGGGUUAAAAAAAAAAAGUCUGGUAGGGCCACUGCUGUAUUAUGCACAAAACUAAACUAUCUGUGAGAUGCCACUUGUGCGGGGGUUUGGGGUGGGGAAGGAGAGAAGAACUUUGUUUUGUUCACAGACCAGUGUGGCAACAUGGCCCAGCAUCCGCUGGGGGCUCUUCCCUCACAGCAUCCCCUGUACAGCUGCCAUUACAUUGUGUAUCAGUCUCCGCAACAACAGAUUUUAAUUAUUAAAUAAAAGUAUUUUAGAAUUUUUUUCUUAAA